AACCUAACACUUUCAUCAUAUCAUCCAUACUCCAUACUGAAUACAGAUUAACCCUUUCCACUCUUUUGUUAAAAAUAACCAUUCCUCUCUUUUCAUGGCUGCAUCACCAUCCUCAUCAUCCAUCACCAAUGAUGGAUACGAAUACGAUGUUUUCCUCAGCUUCAGAGGCCCUGAUACACGUAGUGAUUUUACAGGAAAUCUUUGGAAUGCUCUACAUAACAGGGGGAUCCGCACCUUCAGGGAUGACUUGGAGAUUUACAAAGGGAAAAAUAUUGAGAAAUCACUUUUUGAAGCUAUUGAAAAAUCAAAGGCGGCCAUUGUUGUUCUCUCUCCGAGUUAUGCAACUUCAUCUUUUUGUUUAGACGAACUUUGUCAUAUUCUUAAAUGCAUAAAGGGAAGGGGUCGAUUUGUUUGGCCAAUCUUUUAUGAAGUUGAACCUUCACAUGUGAGAUGGUUGGAAGAGAGUUAUGGAGAAGCAAUGGCUAAACAUAAAGCGAGCAAUGUUUAUAGCGAAAUUAAGUUGCAAGAAUGGAAGAAUGCUUUGAAUCAAGUGGCUAAUUUGUCUGGUACCGUUCACAAAUGGAAGAGAGGGGAUGGAUAUGAAUACAUGUUUAUUAAUAAGAUUGUUCGAGUCGUCUCAACAGUGAUACAAUCUUUUUCUUUAUCUAUACCUGAUUACCUAGUUGGGUUGGAGGAUCAAAAACAAGAUGUAUUAUCGCUUUUGAAUAUUGACUCUGAUGAUAAGGUCUAUAUGGUUGGAAUCCAUGGAAUCGGUGGAAUAGGGAAAACAACUCUUGCUCAAGCGGUUUAUAAUUCAAUUGUAGAUCAAUUUGAUGGUUCGUGUUAUCUUGAAGAUGUAAGAGGAAAUAAAGAGAAUCAGGGGUUGAUACAUCUUCAAAAUAUCCUUCUUUCUAAAAUAUUUGGAGAAAAUAAAAUUGUGGUAACAAGUGUUAACGAGGGAAUUAAAGAACUUCAAGUUAAGCUCAAAGAAAAGAAAGUUCUUUUGCUUCUUGACAAUGUUGACAAGUUGGAUCAAUUACGCGCUAUUGUUGGAGAACCUGGAUGGUUUGGUCGUGGAAGUAGAGUUAUGAUCACGACCCGUGACACACAAGUGCUAAGAAGUCAUGGGGUUGAAAGAACACAUGAGGUGAAAAUGUUGAACAAGGAUGAAGCUUACGAUCUCCUUAGAUGGAAAACUUUUCAAACUAAUGAAGUUAGUCCAAGCUUUGAAGAUGUUUUCAAUCGUGCUUUAAAGUAUACUAGUGGCCUUCCAUUAGCUAUUGAAAUAAUCGGUUCUCACUUAUUUUCAAAAAAAAAAAUAGAAGAAUGGAACUCUGUGUUAGAUCGGUACAAAAAGAUUCCUAAGCAAGAGAUCUUUGAGAUUCUUAAAGUGAGCUUCGAUGAUUUGGUCCAAGAUGAUAAAGAUGUUUUUCUUGACAUAGCUUGUUUCUUCAAAGGACAUUGUUUGGAAGAAGUCAAAAAAAUACUUCAUGCUCAUUAUGGUGACGAAAAGAAAGAUCAUAUCAAUGUGUUAAUUGAAAAAUCUCUCAUAAAGAUAAACGAGUCUAAUGUUUUGAGAUUACAUGAUCUGAUAGAAGACAUGGGAAAAGAAAUUGUCAGACUAGAAUCACCAUAUCAGCCUGGAGAACGCAGUAGAUUAUGGUCAUCUAAAGACAUAGUUGAAGUUUUAGAGGAAAAUACGGGAACAAGUAAAAUUGGAACCAUUAUUAUGUUUUUAGAUUUCAAUGAGGAGAUUGUAGUAAAUUGGGAUGGAGAGGCUUUUAAGAAUAUGACAAAGCUUAGAACACUUUUUAUUGACGAAGGAGUUAAAUUUUCUGAAAGUCCAAAGCAUCUUCCAAAUAGUUUAAGAAUACUGUUGUGGGGGGGCUAUCCAUCAGAGUAUUUCCCGGUUGAUUUUUUCCCGAAGCAACUCACCAUAUGCAUAUUGAGCUCUGAAUUGUAUCGUCCUCGGGAAGACUUUUUCAAGAAGUACUUCAGGAAUCUGAGAAUUUUACACUUUCAUGAUUGUAAUUCUUUGAGAUCGAUACCUGAUAUGUCAGGUCUCCAAAAUUUAGAACAACUUUCAUUUAGGAGGUGUCAGGAAUUAAUUACAUUUGAUGACUCCAUUGGGUUGCUGGGUAAACUGAAAAUUUUGAAGAUCAAAUACUGUGAUCAACUCAAAUAUAUUCCACUCCUCAAAUUACCUUCAUUGGAGGAACUCACUCUUAAAGGUUUAUCUGGUAUUAAGAGUCUUUCUUCCAUGUUGAAUGAGUCAUUGGAUAAACUUAAAUUUUUGAAGGUCUGCCAUUGUCAUUAUCUCGAAUAUAUUCCACCUCUUAAAUUAACUUCAUUGGAAACACUCACUCUUUCAGCUUUAUUUAGAAUUAAGAGUCUUUCUCGCAUUUUCGAUGAGUCAUUGGAUAAGCUUAAAAUUUUGAAGGUCGACGGUUGUGGAGAGAUCAAUACUAUUCUAAAUCUCAAAAUAGUUUCAUUGGAGGAACUCUAUCUUUCAAAUAUAUAUAUCAUUAAGAGUCUUUCUCCCAUGUUGGAUGGGUCAUUGGAUAAGCUUAAAAUUUUGGAGGUUUUUGAAUGUGGAAAUCUCCAAACUAUUCCAUCUCGCAAAUUACCUUCAUUGGAGGAACUCACUCUUAACUGUUUAUCUAGUACUAAGAGUCUUUCUCCCAUGUUGGAUGAGUCAUUGGAUAAGCUUAAAAUUUUGAAGGUUGUUGAUUGUAGAAAGCUCCAAACUAUUCCAUCUCUCAAAUUACCUUCAUUGGAGGAACUCACUCUUAGUGGUUUAGAUAGCAUUGAGAGUCUUUCUUUCUUGUUGGAUGAGUCAUUGGAUAAACUUAAAGUCUUGAGUAUUAGACAUUGCUAUAAGCUGUGGAGUUUUCCACAUGUCAUGUUGCCUUCACUAGAAAUCCUUGAUCUUUCAUAUUGUGAUUCUCUCGAGAGUUUUCCACGUAUCAUCAGUCGGUCAAUGACUAAACUUAAAAUAUUGAGACUUAAUGGUUGUAAAAAGCUCAGGAAUAUUCAUGCUAUCAAUGUGGCUUCCUUAGAUGAGUUCUAUCAUUCAGGAUGUGAGAGUGUCAAGUUUACCACCUCUGACUGAUGGAAGAGAUUAAUGCAGUUUAUACCAUUUCAUUCUGUCAACUCAAGAGCACUCCCAUUACUAGAAUGGAUCAAAAAGCGUGUGAUGAAUCUGUCAAAAAAGCUUCGGAUUUCAAGCGUGAUAAUUUUUUUUAAGAAGUUGAUAAAUCAAUUGCAUGCCCCACUCAAGUGUGAUAAGAAGACUGAACCAUUAUUUGCAAAAUAAUCUUUUCAAAAUAUUUGCAACAAAGUUGAAGUUCUUGCUAAGAGAUCAAUCAUGUUGGUGAGACCAUUUCAAUUUAUCGGUGAUAUUAAUCAGAAGAAAGAUUUUUGGAAGCUAGUUGUGAGAGUUAAAGACAAAUGGACCGUUGUUAAGGAUGGGACAAGCACUCUUCAAUGCCCCACCCCCUGCUGAAACAACUCAUGUGACUCCUAAGGUCACAUUUGUCGUUCCUUAGCCACGCAACCAUGAUGAAAUCCCUCUUGCCAAGCACUCUUCAUUCAAGAGGGUGAAGCUAAUCAAACAGGAGAAGAAGUGAUCUCAUUACCUGCACUAUUAUUAUUAUGUCUAUCUAUAAUUAGUUUUGUAACAUCGUAUUAACUUGGUUAACUUUUGUGCAUCAAGUGAUACAAAACUUCCUACUAAUGACUUAUGCUGAUAUAUUAUUGCACUAAUUAUCCAAGUUAUGUAAGCAACUGCUAUGUAACUUCUAUCUAUUUCAAUUUAAUGUGGACUUAUUUCUACCUACAA